AGCCUGACAGCAGGCGCCAUGGUCAACGGCACCGCCGUCAUCACUGGCCCAACAGCGACAGGCACUGUCAACGCAAACGGCACGGCGGCAGCGAGCCCGUCGCCGUGUGUGCCCGGAACGGUGCUGGGAAGUUUCAUCAUCAGCGCCCCAAACAUCUCCUCGAUCUUUCUGGUGGGUUCGACGGUGACGAUCACCUGGAAGUACUCGCCGACGGUCACGAAGCCGCCCAAGACCAUCAACGCCUUCUACCAGGACGUCUCCAUCACCACCACCUGGAGUAACAAGAUCGGCAUCGGCCUCACCACCACCAACAACACCCUCCAGUGGACCAUCCCGCCGCUGCUCGAUGGCAAGUACGAGGUCCGGCUGGUGCCCGACGGCAAGGAGACCUUCAACAUUCCGCAGGACCAGAUGCCGUGCUUCUCCAACGGCGAAGCUCUGCCGGCCGUCUCCGGCGCAUUCUCGAUCCAGAACCCAAUCUAUGUCAGCCCGACGGUGGACCGAUUCCCGCCCAACACUUCGCAUGCUGUUCGCAGCGGACCAGCGCCGGUUUUGCAUGCGGGCACGCUGUGUCUUUUGGCCGUGUGGCUGUGGCUCUGUCGGGCGAGUCGGCUGUGGAUAUGA